AUGUCGGAAAGGAAGGAAUCAAUGGAUCAAAUACAAUUAACAACUUGUUCUACUCGUUCGAAUCAGUCUCGAGAACACUUCAACACGAAUACCAAUAAGAAUAGUAAUGAAAUUGGGACGACUCGAAAUAAGAAAGAUGAGCCAUCUUUGAAUCAAUUUCUUUUUCCGCACAAUAAUAGAAAGGAUCAACAAGCACUUUCGAGAAGACAUUCCGAUGUUGUAAAACCAGUUUCAUGUAGUGGGCAUCAGGAUCACAAUAGUUGUCAAAUGCCAAUCAAGAGAAGGCUCAGCAACGUUCUGCAAGCAACCCCAGCUGUAGUGUACACGCCAAAUCUCGCUACACAUUCUAUGCAACCUUGGAUGGAUGUUAUAAAUCUCUUCUUGAGCGACCAAUUCAUCAACACUCCGAUUGAAAAAGCAUGUCUUCCUUGUACACUCCCUCUUACUGCAUUCGGAAAUCAAAUUCAUCAACGUAUUUGUCAAUUUAUGUUGGAGAAUGAGAAAACGAAACAGAAAAUGCAAACUCAAAUGGAAGAGUAUCAACGACAACUCUCAAUAUUAAAGCAUGAUAAUGAAGGAUGCAUGAAGGAAAAUACGUUUAUGAAAAAAAGAGUCAAACAAUUAGAGGAAGAGGUCAAACUAUUACGUUUUGAAAUAGAAAAAUCAAAAUUGGAACAUCGACAACAGUUGUCAUUUUGUCAACAGAACAUCAACCUGAAGGAAGAUGACAUUCAAACACUUUGCACCUAUUCUGAAAAACUUCAAAUUGAAAAUGAAUUACUUUCUAAAGUGCAACAAGUCAUGAGUAAGGAAUUGGCAAGUCUUGUCUCAGAGUUGAAAGCCCAAAAAGAACAGAAUACAUGUUUGAGAAAUAUUUCAGAAAUGCUGCAUUCUUUGGUUGAGGAGAAGGAUCGUGUGUUGAAUGAACAAACAGAAUGGUUAAAUUCAAAAUUGUUAGAAAUUCAAUCGAAAUGUAGCAAUGCAUCGAUCUUUCCAACUCGAACCACUUCAACGUCACACUUGCAGGAACUUGAUCAUGGAACAACCGACCAUUCACAAUUCCACGCUCUCCAAAAUAUUCUUUCUCAUCUUGUUGAAGAAUUCCAAAAAGAAUUUACCUCAAAAAGUAUUUCUGCAGAGCUAAACAACAUACCAUCUCGCAUUGACACAGAGUCAAGCAAAUAUGAGCAAAAACUGGAAUCCCUCAAAGAAGAGCUUAAAAUACUGGAUCAGCAAAAUGAAAAAUCCGAAACAUCAUUACAGAAAUCACACGAAAUCCUCCUUCAUGAUAUUGAUUCCAAAAUGGGUGAAAUUUCACGGCUACGAAACGAGUUUAGUGAAUUGUAA